AAGUUUGUAACAUGAGAUUUGAAACAAAAGAUAAAAGAAGAAGAGGUAAACCCUCGUUGCGGUGAAUCGAGUUCCAUGAUGUAAAACGCGAAAUGAUUCUCUGUAAAAGUCCACUUCUAUUGGCAUGCUUGUGCAUGGUCUGUGAGAUCGCCACUUGUUGCUAUUCAACAUGCUGUUGCAAAAGUUUGGAUAUGAUCGACUGCUCCAAAAGUUCGGUUAUUUCCCCUCCUAAACCGAAAACGGACGCCAAAGGUUGGUGUGGCAAUCUACUGUGGGAUAACAAUGGUUCUUCGAUAAUAACCAUCUUGCUGAGUAAAGAUACCGCAAAAGUCGAUAAAGGUAUGUUUCGACACUAUCCUAACAUCCUCAACAUAUCGUUAAAUGGUUGCAAGCUGACGUCAUUGGGAGAAGACGAGUUCCACCUUCCUGAAUACGGGGAGAGCAAAUUGGAGGUUCUUAAACUCAGAAAUAAUAAUAUCAAAAAAGUUGACAUCAACGCUUUCAGAGGUUUGACGAAUCUCGUUAAACUAGAUCUCAGUUGGAACGAAAAUAUUGACUUGCAACCUGGCGUAUUUAACGGGUUGACAAAACUCACAGAGCUAAAACUGGACGGGAAUUCGAUUUCAUCUUUGGAUAUGAAAUUGUUUGAGGGUUUAAUAUCACUCAAAUAUCUGACCAUCAAUUCAAACCAACUCAAGGUUCUUCUCCCAUUUCCGUCAGACAUUAUGGAUCUCAACAAUCUUGAGUUGCGAAAUAGUUCAAUUUCGGAAUUGAGUGAAAAUACAUUUGCCAAUUUACAUAAUAUCAUUACGCUCGAUCUCAGCUACAAUCACUUGACUGAAUUAAAUGAAAAUAUUUUCGAGAACAACCGAGAACUGGUCAGGGUUCAUCUUAACAACAACAGAUUGAAGACGAUUCCAGAAAACACUUUUUCCAAUUUAUGCGAUUUAUCUUUCCUGGACAUCAGUUCCAAUCGACUCUCAACACCUCAUUAUCAAUGGUUUGCCAAUAUGGUUUUUUGGUUGACCAGGAAUGACCAAGAACUCGAAAAAUAUCACGGUAGACCGGUAACCGUUGACAAUGACUGGAAAUGUGAUGAAGACUCAAUCAAAUAUCAGGUGAUGCUGGGCCAGCUAUGCACUGUGAGAAAUAUGGUUUCUUCAAACUGGUUCGACGCUUUGAAUAUAAUUUGCAUAUCAGAUGGCAAGAAACAAUAUCUAUCAUCGCCGACUUGUGAAACUUCGCCUACAAUUAACAUGGGUAUGAUUCCUUCUCUACACCCAAACAGCACUUGCCCCAGGGAGGACCCCUUUUGCCGAUUUCUCUCCCCAGUUUGCGCGAAUGUGCCGAACAUUACAUCACCUCGUCCAGAGCCCAACGUAGCACCAGAAAACAUUGGAAUAAAAAAAAUAUUUUUUUUUGUCGCAUUUGGGCUCAUCUUAGUUAUUGUAUUCCUGUUAAUCAUUGUUAACCGAGCAAGGGAAGCAAAGAAAAGACAAUAUUCUUACAGCUCGGAUGAACCAAGCAUAUACGAACCAGAUGCUCAACCGUCGUUAUCUUAUCGUUCAAGCUCAGAGUCAGGAUCAGAACGUCCGACCCUAUCUUCAUAUUCGGAGUCUAAUUACGGAGAGUCGGAAAAUAUAGGACCCAUUCCGAACGGCCCCCAACCCAUGUCUCCAGAACCGGGCGAUUUUGUGUUUUCACAACCUAGCGUCAAUUUCUUUCAACCAGGUAUCGGUUCUGGAUGUGGAUGCCCGGAUUUUACAAAUACUCGCAAUGAUAAUAAAAGUUGGAGUACAGGACCUACGUCAUCACUUAUUGCUCAACCCCCAUCCCUACGUCACCAGUCUUCAUUAUCAACACGUCAUUCGGUAUUAGCACCUCUGAAUUCGGAACCGGCACCGUCCAUGAAAUCAGAAAUUUCCUCACUACCGCCACAUUUCAUGUCACACAUAUGGCAAAAGCCAUAUACGCCAGAACUUUUUUCCACUUCGUCUGACUUUGGUUAUCCGUCUGAUACUGGCUCGACUGGGUAUUUAUUUCCAAAGUAUGAAAAUCAUCCAUUUGAAUCAAAUCCAGAACAAGACUCCUUGGCCGCACUACGCCCUCAAGUGGAAACCAUCCCAAAGGUGAUAUCCGAAGAAUUUUCACCAAGCGUUCAAUCAACAGGAUGUCACGAAAAUCAAAUUCAAAACGAUUUGAUUGACCUUCAAAGUAUCUCAAGUGACCUUGAAACAACAGCAGACAUAGCUGAAACUCAAACGAAAUCACUUUGUCAAUCAGAAACGGUUCCUAAAGUCAUAUCUCAGGAAAACAUAUCGCAACAGCCUAACUUAGGCCCAACCCAUUCAGAGCAAGAAACUCAACUCAAAACCAUCUUCACCUGUCGGAAUAAACCCAGAGCUACGAAUUUAUAUGAACCAUGGAGGCAGAUUCCCAAAUCAUCACAAAGAGUACAGAGUGGACUUGAACCACAGAACGUAACCCCUAAUGGCCAGGAAGAUAGCUCCAAUAUGGUAAGUCCCGAUCUAGAUCCGAUAUAUACUCCAAUGCGGCCCCAAGAUCCUGCUACAAUUCCACCCGCUCCGAACAGACUCGAUAUGCCAUGGAUACGUACACAUCCACGUUGGUGCUUGCUCCACACUGCACCAUCAAUACACCCGGUAACGCAUUUCCCAUCUCAUAUCCAUUGCACUCCAUCCUACCACAUGUAUUCCGAAAUAUUCCCACCGAAUUCCGCCAAUUUAUAUCUCCCUGUCAAUUCGAUUCCAUUCGUGAACCCGGAACCUGAAUUUGCGCGCAUUUGGAGCCCACCUUUACCGGUACCGUUUUCUUUGAACCAAUAUAGACGGUUAAACGAAUACGCUGAUGAAAUACCCCAUGGACUCCCACAACCGGACCCGAAUGGCCCUGGACGACUUCAAGCCCCCGAAAAGGCUGUAUUAAUACCCAGCGUGGUUUAUCGCGAUGUUACAACUUCAGAAACCCAGGAUGACCAAAGAAAAGAUAAAGCGAUGGAAAAGAUCAAACCAAAGGCUCAAAAACGAGCAAAGGUAAAGAAAGCUGACAAAAAAGCAAUAAAAAAGAAGCGGAAGGCCAAAUAA